AUGUCAACUCAAGAUUACGAGUACCUUUUCUUCCGCAUCGCCAAAGACAAUACGAUCGCGUCAUCAGCCACAAAGUACAAACAGCUGCGCCUACAGGCCCUAUCCGUCGCACCAACCUCUUUUUCCUCUACAUACGAGAUCGAAUCUGCCCUCACAGAUGCCGAAUGGGCCAAUCGGCUCUCAGAAUAUGGACGAGAGACAUUCAUAUGUGCUGCGACUCCCACACAAAAUAAUCUAUCAAACUCGCAAAUCCCAGAACAGAGCACAUGGGUAGGCCAGUUAACUUUGCUGGGCCCGCAGAACCCCAAGGACUUCAUCCUACCAGAGGAAUCCGGCCAGAAGAAGCCCACCGAAGAAAAGGAUCAAGAACUCUGGCAGAUGCUCAGCUUGUUUACGCUGCCCGACCAUCGCGGUCGCGGCCUGGGGAAGAAGCUGUGUCAGGAGGCGUUGAGCUACUUAGCUUCCUAUAAGAACUCUCCACGUAAGGUCUGGGUGCGAUUGAUGGUGAAGCCGGGGAAUCAUGCAACAGUGAGCUUGUAUCGGGGUUUAGGUUUUGCGGAAGCUGGGAAGUGUACGCUCGCCGAGGCACUGAUUGCGAAUGGAGAUAAGGAUCUGCUACCGGAGGAUAUUAGUGGGGAGAAGUAUACUUCGAGAAGUGGAUUGAUCAUGAUGUUAGUGAUCCAGCGUUCGUGA